CCCUCCGGUGCCAAGCCCCGCCCCGCCAGUCCCCGGGGCCUGCGGCGGUGCCCAGCCGCGGUGCGGGCCCUCGCCGUUGGGCCGGAGCGGAGCGUCUCGGAAAUUCUUCCUGUAUGGAUCAGCCUUCUAGUGAUGGUGAAACUGGAAGACGACCACUCUAAGCAAACCCAGGAUGAAUCGGGUGCCAGGUGAUGCAGAAAAUGCUCACAGUAGCAGUGUGGAAUCCUGUCCUUCACUGCGGGAUGUCCACUCCAUCAACCCCGCGCAGCUGAUGGCAAGGAUUGAGUCAUAUGAAGGCAGAGAGAAGAAAGGCAUAUCAGAUGUUAGAAGGACUUUCUGUUUGUUUGUUACAUUUGACCUCUUAUUCAUUACCUUGCUGUGGAUAAUAGAAUUAAAUGUAAAAGGAGGCAUUGAGACUACCUUAGAGAAAGAAGUCCUACAAUAUGACUACUCUUCUUCAUAUUUUGAUAUAUUUCUACUGGCAGUCUUUCGAUUUAAGGUGUUAAUACUUGCAUAUGCAAUGUGCAGACUGCGCCAUUGGUGGGCAAUAGCUUUUACAACAGCAGUGACCAGUGCCUUUUUAUUAGCAAAAGUAAUUAUUUCACAGCUGUUCUCACAGGGUGCUUUUGGCUACGUGCUGCCCAUCAUAUCCUUCAUACUUGCCUGGAUUGAAACUUGGUUCUUGGACUUCAAAGUGUUACCGCAAGAAGCUGAAGAAGAAAACAGAUUUUUGAUGGCACAGGAUGCUUCUGAACGAGCAGCUCUUCUUCACCCGGGAGUCCUCUCUGAUGGGCAGUUCUAUUCUCCUCCUGAAUCUGUAGCAGGAUCUGAUGAAGACUCUGAAGAAAAACAAGACAGUGAAAAACCAGUUGUAUAGCAAAUAUGAAAAAGCAG